AGAGCCAUUUGUAAACAACGAGGAUCGUGAGCCACACGGUACGUCAAGCUCCCUCGCCCUCUCACCCUACUAUGUCUCAGGAGGAAAACCACGAUAUGGAGGAAGAAGUCGAAACAAAAAGCAAGGACAAGAAGGCGGCCAAGCACGACAGCGGUGCCGCCGACUUGGAAAAAGUGACGAAUUAUGCGGAGGAAAAGGAAAUCAAGUCAAACGCGAACUUUAUGUCGGUCAUCAACGAUGUGAAGAAACAGGAUGAAGCAACGAGAUCUGCAAAAGAACAAGAGUUGAUGAAAGUGUCGAUCAAGAAGGAAGAUGUUGAGCUAAUCAUGAAGGAGCUAGAAAUCCCCAAAGUGAAGGCAGAGCGAGCACUUCGUGAACACCAAGGGAACCUCAUAGAAACUCUAGUCACACUUACUAAUUAGCUAUAACAAAUCUAUUAACAUUCUGUCCAUGUUAAAUUGAAAUAAACUUCAACUUUGCUAUUUUUAUUGUCUUCCUUCAUGCUGUUCAGUACUACUCUGCAGUCACAUUAAAUCUUUGCAAAUUCAUGCCAUAAAAUGUGAAUUCAAAUUACUGGAUAAUUAUGAAGACAAUGACAAAAUAUCUGAAGAAAUUAAGUAAAAGCGAAUUGUUACACUUCAAGCUAUCGGCUGUAUUUUACCCAACAGAAGUGAAUUAUCGUUUCAGUAAACAUGAUAUGAAAUAAAACCAUACAAUAUUA